CUAAAUGAAACAAAUUGGGCUAAUGAUGAUGUUUAAUUUUUUUAUUUCAUCUACUUCCUGGUGAAAUCGCUAAGAAUGAUAAAUGCUGAGUUUACUAUUCGUUUAAAUGGAGAUAAUAUACUAACAUUUUCGUUUCCCUUAUAGAACCUGUGAUUUCUAUUGCGGGAGAAGCGGCAUUCGAUGCAUGCAAGUCAUUAAACAAAGUAUGUCAACUAUUGUACAUCAAAGGAACAGUAAUCCAAAGCAGCAUUUUAUCUGCAUUUUAUUUGGAUAUACGGAGAGCAUUGGGGUAGUCUUGACGGAACAGAAAUGGACGUAGGUGGGAACAAGGUUGAAAAAUUCUGACUGCUCAGUGGGAAAUCUCAGUUCGAAAUGUAAAACAUUAUUGGCACUCAAGUAAUUACAUGUGUUUAAUUUCACGAUAUAUUUUCACAAGAUUUGGAUAGGUAAACAGUCCUUAAUGGAGUCCUUAACAGUCCUAAAUCCUUCAUCUUUAAUGAAUUUCGCAUAAUUUCUAUUCUAUUGAACAGCAUGGUAUAGUUCUUUCGCAAAUGCGCUAAGAUUCCAAAUCGUUCCCGCAGCCAAUGUAAUAAUUCGUCCUACUGAUAUAUUGCUACACUAUUGUAGUGGAAGGGCAAAAUUGAAGAUUAUAUAUACAACAUGAUGGGGAUCCUACUGCAUAUAAAUUCCCGUCACAGUGGGAAAUGGGUGGAUUUGUCUUAGUUCAUUAUUUGUAUUUAUGAUUAAAAAAAAGUGAUCCCGCGAAUCUAUUACUACAUAAAAUUAUACACGUAUAAAGUUUGAGUGACAACUUGCAUUUCUGACAUUUAACGCGGGCAUUUCAAAGGGUUUUUUAAAAGGCUGCAAAAAGUAAAGGAAUUAACUAAGGUUUUUAUUCCAUUCAAUAUGUACAUAAAUAAUUGCAUUUCAUUAUUUUCUACGUUUUGUGGCGAAUUCAAGGUUGACUAUACAUCGUAGUGCUAAAGGAAAGUUGACGAUGCCCUUGUUUCCAUCUCCCCUGAGGUGUUGUAAUGUUGUGGACUCUCUCAUUUGUGGGAGCUGUUCAAUACGUUUCGCACUUCCUCCCUCUCCAUGCACUUGCGUGCAGACAACAGCGACAAGCUCAAGCUCCUUUCAUCUUCACGGUGGCAGGCGUUAUCUCCUUGUAAACCGGUUGUAAUCAGUUUGUUGGCGUCACCCGAGUACUUUAAUGACGAUUACAGCAUAAGAAUGACAGAUUAGAAAGAGCAGGCAAUGGUGAUCCUUCCCAGACCCGCAGUGCUUCCGAGUGGAGAGCUCACAUCAGAAGGUCAUCAUUAUAUCUCCGCUUUUCCUCCCCCCUGUGUUCCCUUGAACUGUGUCCUCUUGCUUGUGUUUCUCUGCUGGCUCUGAUUUGAUCUCAGAUCCCGUGUACAAUGGAAUCAAGAAAGGAGAUGUUGCUGAUGAUGGAGCGAGGUCAGCAUGGCAAUCGAAUUGGCAGGAGAUUGCCGAAUUUGUCAGAACCAGCUGGAAGUCCUGUAAACGAGUCCCAUGAAAACGUGGUCCACAGGAGUUGUUUGAGCCCCGGGUCGGCGUCAAUGACACCGGAGAACCGAGACGAGGAGGCCGAUGUUAACACUCGCAUCAGACCGGGCUCCAGACUCCCUGUCCCGGGCAAGUCAUCUUCGGACGGCUGCUCGGCAAAAAGUAAAUCGCUCUCCAUCCAGAACAGUCCGGAAACUGAGUCUGAUUAUUAUGAUGAGAUAGAUGUCAGUUGUACUCCAAACUGUACGCCGGGAAAUCAAGGAAACCAGACAAACAAAGGUAAUGGUCACUCUUCCGAUUCGAUGGACAGUAACGGCGGUGCUGAGCUCCCCAAAGUAUCCGGCUCUCAAAACCUGAUAGGCGGCGGUGGAGCGGAUCAGAUGCGCCGUUACCGAACUGCUUUCACCAGGGAACAGAUCGCCAGGCUGGAGAAGGAAUUCUACCGCGAAAAUUACGUUUCCAGGCCCAGGAGAUGCGAGUUAGCAGCGGCUUUAAAUUUACCAGAAACCACUAUCAAGGUCUGGUUCCAAAAUCGCAGAAUGAAGGACAAAAGACAACGUUUGGCUAUGACCUGGCCUCAUCCCGCCGAUCCUACCUUUUACACUUAUAUGAUGAGCCACGCAGCGGCGGCUGGCAAUCUGCCCUACCCUUUCCCAUCACAUGUACCUCUUCACUACUACCCUCACAUGGGCAUGUCUGCAGCGUCAGCCUCAGCAACCAGUCCUUUCAGUGCUCCUCUGAGACCCAUGGACACUUUCAGAGUUCUUUCCCACCCGUACCCGCGGCCGGAAUUGCUGUGUGCAUUCAGACACCCUUCCCUAUAUCCUUCUGCCACUAACCAUGGACUUGGCAGCACCGGGAGUAGCCCUUGCUCAUGCUUAACGUGCCAUAGCAGCCAAUCGAACGGGGUGGCACAGAGACCUGCAGGGACUGACUUCACAUGUGCAUCAACCUCCAGAACUGACACUUUCCUCACCUUCACACCUUCCGUGUUAAGCAAGGCUGCUGCGGUAUCCCUGGACCAACGGGAAGAAGUACCUUUAACGAGAUAAGACAGUGGCUUGAAGCAUGCAUAAACACACAUCUUCCAAAUGUGCACACGUCUCCUUGGAAGAAGGGGUUGAAUACCAACGGAAAUGUCGGGUAUCUGGAUGACUGGACUUUGAUUCGAAAGCUCCAUCACAUUCCUACAGGACAACCUCUUACAUUUUUACCCAUAAUGGAUUAUAAUAAUUCUUCCUCCUCUGCCAAUUGUGUCCUAUGCUGAUGAGAAUAUUCUAGUCGUGUACGUGUAUUAUUGGGGUUUUAAUAGUUAAAUGUAUGAUAAUAUCGUCAUCAUAAAAAACCUGGUUUCAGACGCUAACAAGCCACAAUGGGAUGGGAUUAUGUGAUGGGUAACAGAGCAACUCUAAUUCAGAAUCGUGUUCGGAGACCGAAAACACGAUCGAAUUUGUCUUUUUGUUUUUAUCACGGUAGCUGACGUUUAAAAUGAUGAUGGUUGAUUUGCAUUGUGGACGACACUCCUAACAGCAGUGAUGUCCAUAGGGUUCGCCAACUAUCAAGGUGAUAUUAGAUCUUUACAGGGAGAGCUUUGUUGGUCUAAACCAGUAUCAUGUAAAGUAAACCAAGUUAACCAAUCUGUUCAGAAGCAGUUGUCUUCACAUUUUGAAAUCUGAAAGUUGCUUCGCCUGAUUCGCUAUGGAAUUAAAAAAUAAAGCAUUGCAAGGAUCAUUGUUUCUGCGUUUGUUUUAUAAAAGAUUCUGAAAGAGCCAAAUUGAUAUUUCUUCCACCUUUCUGCUUUGAAGUUUGAAAAGGACUUCCCAAUGCUGUGAAAUGUACAAAAUUAGAAAUCCCCAAAACAAUGAUAGAUUAUCGAGAAUGGAGGACAUCAAAUAGCUUUUUAAUAAAAUUCGCAGUUUAUUGUAUAAAAAUA